ACAUGAGUGAGGUGAUAAGGAAUUUAGAGAAAUAUGGUACAGAGCAAGUUACAAAAAAAGACAGACAAAAGUUUACAAAAAAGGUCUUCUCUUCUGAUGAUGAGAAUUAUGAUGCAGGACCAGCUGUCAAGAAGAACAAGGCAAAAAAGAUAGCUCAAUCAAACGCCGUUGCAUGGCGGUCUGAAACGUGGGAGAAGUUCAAAGAAGCAAAAAAAGCGAGUCUGAAAGGUUACGAGGAAAACGAGAUACCUGCCGAGUCCUUAUUAAAUGAAAAUGUGGAUGAAAUAAGAGAAUCUGUACGAAACACGCACUGUGAUCGCGUAUUUAUGAGUGAAAUAAUUAAUGGAUAUGAGAAAGUGUUAACAAGCCUUCAGGAAGGUUUUGCAACAAUCAGACAAGAUUUAAAAUGUUUAAAAUCUGACAUAAAGGAAAUAAAAGAAGUACAAAUAAUACAAAGGUCAAACAAAAGCAAUAACUUAAUGGAUGACAGUACAGAAAUUUCAUACUGACGGCACGAUGCAAAUAGAAUGCAGUGGUAGAUCUAAUGUCGCAAAAGAUAAUUCCGAAGUUGAAUUACGUGGUGAGUUAUUUUAAAAGUAUAUACAUAUUGCGAUUAUCAUUACGAUAUGUAUAUGUAUAUAUACAUAUGUAUAUCAUUAUACAAGGUAUAAACGUCAUGUACAUACAAGAUAUAUACUAAAUAUUCUAAAACUUUAAAGGGUGAUUCUUUACACUUUGAGACGGAAACUUAUGACCAUACGUCCAAAACGGCUUAGUCAAUAACAACUUAGUUAAUUUGCAGUCUACAAAUUUGAAUUUAUUUUUUUUCUCAAAAAUGAUUAAAUCUAUCGAAAAUGUUAAAGAGAUCAUAUUUUUAAUAAUUUAUCUCAUUUAUCAUUAAAAAAUUUCAAAUAUAAAAAAAUCAGUGGCGUACCAGUUUUUUCGCUAAAAAAAGUAAUCGCUUAGCUUUGAGUACGCCCCCGAUUGAAUAAAAAAAUAAAAUAUAGCUCCAAAAAAUGAGUCUUUAUGUCCUUCAAACAUACACAAUUUUAUCAAAAUAAUUUGACUGGUUUAUGAAAUUUUUGGAAAACGAGAUACCUACCCUUUGGAAAAAAUGGAAUUUUUUCUCCAACU